AUGAGCGGGGUGCUGUCAGGGGUAACCACAUCUGUCAGGCGUUCUCGGCCAAUAAAGAGCGGAGCGAGGCGGACCACAGGUGCGCGCCUCUGCGUCCCCUUGGCACAGCGCCCGGGAGAUGCUGGAGAGAGACGCCUAGCUGCCCCGUGGCGCAAAGAGAGUUCCUGUCAGAGGCAGCCUCCCUCUUUAACUCCGGCUACCACUCUGGCUCCGAGAGAGUUUAUGGCGACCGCAGCGUCAAACCACUACAGCGUCCUCAGCACCCCCAGCAGCGCGCCGCCGCCGCCGCCGCACUCGGAGUCCGGGAGCAUGCAGCAGGCGGCAGCGUACAGGGACGCGCACACCAUGCUCCAGAACGACUACGGCACGCUACCGGGCGGUGGGCAUCCGCUCAGCCACGCGCACCAGUGGAUAACGGCGCUCUCUCACGGUGACAGCGGGGCGCCGUGGCCGUCCAGUCCCCUCCGAGAACAGGACGUGAAGCCCAUCCUGCAUGACAGUGACCGAGAGGAGCUGCAGAACUCUAGCAGCCUGCAGCAGCAGCAGCAGCAGCAGCAACAGCGACACCCUCACCUAGCGCACCAGCAGGCGCAUCACGACGCCAGAGCAUGGCGAACCAGCACGGCCACGACGCACAUCACCGGCAUGGCGACAUCUGAGGGACAGAGCCUGGUCUACUCCCAGUCCGGCUUCGCUCUGAUGCCAGGGGGAGAGCAGGGAGCGAUGCACCACCACCCUCUGCGGGACGAGGACCACCACAGCCACAGCCCGCACCUCAGUGAGCACGGGGGCGGCCCCGGGGCCCACCACCACCAGCACCAGCAGCACGGGGGCCACCAGGACCAGUCGGACGAGGACACGCCGACCUCGGAUGAGCUGGAGCAGUUCGCCAAGCAGUUCAAGCAGCGGCGGAUCAAGCUGGGCUUCACGCAGGCGGACGUGGGGCUGGCCCUGGGGACGCUCUACGGGAACGUGUUCUCUCAGACCACCAUCUGCAGGUUCGAGGCGCUGCAGCUCAGCUUCAAGAACAUGUGCAAACUUAAGCCGCUGCUGAACAAGUGGCUGGAGGAGGCGGACUCCACGUCGGGGAGUCCCACCAGCCUAGAUAAGAUCGCGGCGCAGGGGAGGAAAAGGAAAAAGCGGACCUCCAUCGAGGUGGGCGUCAAGGGCGCUCUGGAGAGCCAUUUUCUGAAAUGCCCCAAGCCGGGAGCGGCGGAGAUCAACUCCCUGGCGGACAGCCUGCAGCUGGAGAAGGAGGUGGUGAGGGUCUGGUUCUGUAACCGGCGGCAGAAGGAGAAGAGGAUGACCCCCGCUGGGGGACAGAUAUCAGGAGGGGAGGACAUGUACGGGGACACCCCCCCUCAUCACGGAGGACAGACUCCUGUGCAGUGACCCCUGUCCAUUAUUUUCUUCUCUUUAUUUUUUUUACUGUUAUUAUUAUUAUUUUCGGGGGGGAAAAAAACCACGAACCUCUGCAGGGAGGAAGCUUCUUAUUUGUUAAAAUUCUCAAUGCUGGAACUGGACCUCAGCCAGUUUUAAGUGUUGGACGGACGCAGGGAUGCAGAGUGGCACCCCGGUGCUAAAAACACUCAGAGCAGAGAUGUGUAGAAUGGCUUCAUGCCAGGCACAUUGAGCUGGGGUGUGCUAACCAAAAUAGGGAAGAAGAGAGGAAGGAAGAAGAAGAAAAAAAAAAGAUGGGGCGAGAGAAAGCAGCGACAUUUUCUGCAUCAGUCUUAAAGAAAGGCGGGAGGAGGAAAACUAUAGGAGCAGGCUGCAGUCGGUGUGGGUAAAUAAACGCCAUCUUUCCAUCAUAACAAAAGCGACAGGGAUCCUGCAGCUUGUGGUAAAAGACAGGGCUGAAAUGGCAGGCAAAUGCUGUAGCCCACAAUACCAGCCAACCGUUUAUUAUUAUUAUU